AUGAUUCAACGACGCGGUGGAUAUCCGCCACCACCGGGUGACUCUGAAGUCCUCGGUUUAGAGAUCGCUGGUACCGUUUCAGCGAUGGGCACUGCUGUAGAAGGACUGGCGAAAGGGGAUCGCGUUUUUGGACUCGUUGGAGGUGGCGGUUAUGCGGAGCAAGCCGUCAUUGAUUACCGAAUGGCAAUGCCGAUACCUGACGAAUGGACUUUUGAACAAGCCGCCGCAGUUCCUGAAGUAUUUUUUACCGCAAAUGAGAACAUUUUCACCUUGGGCAAAUUAUCAGCCGGUGAGACGAUCCUGAUUCAUGCAGGAGGCAGUGGUGUCGGCAGUGCUGGCGUCCAAAUCUCGCAUCAUGCUGGUGCUAACGUCUUUGUCACUGCAGGGACCUCAGAGAAAAUUGAAAAUUGCAAGGCACUCGGUGCGGUAGAGGGCAUCAACUACAAAGAAAACGACUUCGUUGCUGAGAUUUUACGUUUGACCGAUGAACAAGGUGUAGAUGUUGUUUUGGACUUUAUUGGAGCCCCCUACCUUGAACGGAACCUCUCCAUACUUAAAACAAAGGGUAGACUGUUGCAAGUCGGAUUAAUGGGGGGAGGGGUUUGUAACCCCGAUUCCUUCGCAGAGAUUACCCAAACUACAUCAACAGACGGAAUCACCCUUCAAUUCACCUUGCCGGAACUGACUAUAUCUGAGGGAGGACCGCUAACAGCGCAAGGGAGCAACUCACAAAUUUUUCCUGACCAAGGAAUAACUGUGCCGGAAUCAGAAGCUUUUGAGCGUGCGUUUUCACACCAACUCUUCAAUGCUGAACAAGCCGCUCGCUUCCGCGCGCCCCGUCCACUGGUACCUGCAGCACCAACGCUCAUUCCCAACGGAGGUAAUGGAACACGCUAUAAGUUGUCUAUCCAAGAGACAGGUAUCUACGCGGUGACAGCGGCAUCUCUGCAGAGCGACUGGGGGGUAGAUCUCAUUGGAACGCAUCCUGCAAGACUUCGACUCACACACGGAAAUAGAGACAUUCCUGUCUACAUCAGUGGUGCGGCAGAUGGACGUUUUGACCCGAACGAUGCUAUCUUUUUCCUUGGUCAUAAGCCUAAAAAUCGCUAUAGCCGUUGGAAUGUCUAUUGGCUCACGCUUGACAACAGUGGACGCAUUCCCACUCGGGUGCCGCAGAUUACCGCCAGUCCCACAGACCAAACAGCGACACAGGUUCCCACCUUCCGCUCUAAAGUGAAUUUUGAAGAGGAUUACCUGACGAGUAACCUCGAAUUUGUUCAUACCGAGACUGUUUCGCCGGGUGACAAGCACGGUUGGUUUGAUGCCUUAGAUUUCUGGUACUGGGACGGUAUCAAAAAUGGGGGCGAUGCCGCCGAGAUGAGUCUCGAAUUUCCGCUUUAUGAUGUCGCAAAAAGUUUCGAUCCGCCACGUAUCUCCGUUGAUUUGCAGGGCGGCACACCGGUAUCACAUGAGAUUUUGGUCGCUAUUAACGGGGUCCGAAUUGACUUUGCUAAGUGGGAACAGCAAGACACACUGACUGUUGGACGUACCUUGCGCACUUGGGAUACACUCAAGGACAGCGUCAAAAGCGAGCAGAACGUGUUGUCUUUAGCCAGAGUUGACAGCAACGUUGAUGAGGAUACCACCCGAUAUCCAUAUCACGUCUACCUCAACCGUUUUUCUGUCGAGUAUACGCGUCUUUUCCGAGCCGUUGCCGACGAGUUAUGGUUCAAAUCGCCUACUGCCGAUCCGACCUCACAAGAGCGGAUUUCGGAGGGCGUAAACUCCAGUAUAAAAUUGAGGCGUUCCGUGACCCGGGGAUACAUAUCUUUGAGACGGAUGGUACACAUCUCACCGCUCGGAUGCAGGGUAUUAAUGUGGAGUCAGACGUAG